CGUCAACCCGGUUUCUUUUUCUCCUAAAUAGGACACGGAGGGUUGAGAAAACUACAUGUCCCAGCAUCCCUCGGGUGGGGGGAACCUGGUGCCAUUAGGGAUGAAUGGUGUUGACGUUGGUAGAAAUGGAAAGUCCUGGGCGUGUGAGUGCGCUGCGCUGCUGGGCUUCCAGUAGGAAUUGCUAGGAAGUUUGGGGAGGCUUUGGGGGGCGUAAUCUCUCUGCGCAAAAAAAUCAAAACCCCUUCUUGCAAGCAACACACACACACACACACACAAGGGAAGGCCUGCCUGAAGUCACAUUCUACAGGGAAAGUCUGUUUUCAUCUUUACUUCCUGGUCAGAGAGUGGAGGAGGAGGAGGAGGAGGAGCGCAAAAGAGAGAAGAAAUAGCCAACGCUUGGAAAGCGCGUGAAAGGCUUCCCUGGAAAAGAGAAGCUCAUAACACACUGGAAGAUGACUCUUCAGCCCCCAGAUACGGAUGAUAUCUCACCCAAUACUAUACAAAAUGAAACAGAAGAAACCAUAGAGGAGUCCUUGUUGGAAAAUCCCUUGGAGUCUGACAGAGUUCUGCUGAAAAUGGAGCCCAGUGGCCCUUCGGGAUGCAACACAAGGCUUUCCCCAAGUUCAUUUAGCAUAUCUGGCAGUUCUGAAGGUAUAGAUGUGGUAAACCCAUUAGGUGAAAGGACUGGGUGUGUAGCCCAAGUUACCCGGCAAUAUUCUCUCACAGAAGAGGAAUACAAUUUGCUCAACACUACUCCAGAACAAAAAAUGAGCUCAGAGGACCAGCAGAGCCUGCACUCCUUGGAACAACCUGAGGGACGAACAGAGGACUUAGAUUCUGACGGAAAUCUCCUGAAAAUCGAGACAGGUGGUCCUCCAGGAUGUAAUAUAUUGCCUUCCUCAGGCACAGAUAGUUUAUCAGACAGUUUUGCACCCGAAGAUGUGGUAGGUUCCUCAGAUGAAAGGGCUGAAUGUUCAGCCCAAGUUGGCCUACAAGAUUCUCCAAUGGAAGAGAAGAACAGUUUGCCCGAAACCAUCCCUCAGGAAAAAAUGAGUUCACAUAGCCAGCAAAGGGAUCACUCCUUGGAAGACCCUCGUGAUGCAAAAGAGAAUCUGUUGGACAAGGAAAGAGAAACAGUUGUUGAAAAGCCUGAAGGCCCUGGGUUGGAAAGAUCUUUGACUGAAGGUCACAAGGGAUGCAAAGCAGAGGCUGAGCCCUGCGCAGAAGAGGCUAGCCAGCAGAGCGCCAGAGAACGACCAAUGGAACAGCCGGGUAAUGGUUUUGCGUCCCCUGGGCUUGUUCUGGGAGCUGUGGUGGCUUUGGCUGCUGUUUGCAUAGGUGUCUCUAGCUACUUAAAUUCUCACCCCCUGAAUGUGCCCAAAAACCCAGUUGUGGAGGCCUUCCUGUCAAGAUUUGAUCCUCUGAAGGACAGCUUCCCGGGUCAGAGACCUUACCUGUGGGUCCGGGUCCGGAAAAUCCUACAGAAACACCUCAAUGCUUCCCGCCACAUGGAGCCAGCUAUCUUACUCCUUGCCUCUGCGCAGGAAGGCAAAGCCACCUUGAAGUGCCUCAGCUCCCAGAUUGCAGACACCUACUCCUCAUCCCUCGGCGGCAGCACGGUCGAGGUGGAUGGAGCCUCGAAAUCCACUCUCAGCAGCGAUAGGGCCAAGCUGGCUGUCGACGAGGAGCUCACCUCUGGCUUCCACAGAGGGGGGAGGGCGGCUGUGGUGCAUCAGUUUGAGUCUCUGCCUGCGGCUUCCACCUUGAUCUUUUACAAGUACUGCGACCACGAGAGCGCAGCUUUCAGAGACGUGGCGCUGAUUUUGACAGUCUUGCUGGAGGAUGAGAAGCUGGAGCCUAAUGUUGGCCUGCAGACUGUGGAGGAAAACGUACGGGACUUCCUCUGGGCCAAGUUCACGAACUCAGACAUGCCCACAUCCUACAACCACAUGGACACGGACAAACUGAGUGGGUUGUGGAGCCGCAUAUCCCACCUGGUCCUGCCAGUCUACCCAGUACAAGCCAUAGACGAUGCUGGUUGCCCUUUGCAAGCCGGAGCCCAGAGCUGAACAAGGCGGAAAGCCAAAAAGCUCUGAAGGAUUUGCACCAAUCAAGGAAACUUGUUUUUCCCCUACAUGACUGUGUGAGCCAAGCAAGCGUCUAGAAGCAUUAAUGAGGAGCCUGCUAAUUUUAUAUCAAUAAUGCAUUUUGAUGUUGGUAUUGAUUGACAAAAUGAGAAGUAUAUUAACUGUGCUACUUAUGUAGCCGUUGCAGCAUUUGUGAUGCAAUCCAAGGACAAUUUUAAAAAAUACUAAUGGAGAGGUGGGUGGUAUUUAUCUCUUGCACGUUGCACAUCCAGAAUGUUUUUUGCCACUGGAGGAAAACAGAAUGAAUGCAGAGACCCAGGAAAUUGCCCUUAGCAAACUCUGCCCUUCUUAAAAGUUAGUUUUGAUAUAGCAGUGUGCCUAAGCUUUCCGUUACAUGGAUUAAAUCCUCAUGUGCAGGGGUGGAGAAUACACCCUGUAAUAUGUACCUGAAAUUUGGAAGGCCCUGGUUAGCAGCUUCUAUUAACUCUUCACAAGCAAAGAAAAAGCAAUAAAUCCUACAUCUGUGACCAGCCGUAAAACAGGGAAGGCUGUCUUUCCCUGCAAUAUAUAUCAGCACAGGAUCA